ACGAGGCAGACGGACGAGUAUGUUUUACUAGCCACUGAUGAACAGACAGAUACUGGCGAGGUGGAACGUGAAGUGCAACCGAAGUCGUCUCGUUCUAGUGAACCUGAACGACCGCCUUGUAUUCUGGGCAUGCAUCGGCGCAAUCUGCUCCUCCAUCCUGUCUAUCAUUGUCUUCGCGGGAGGUCUGUUUCUCCCGACCUCUGCGCCUCCGCAACCUCCAUACUACGGGAAAGCACUUCGCCGACCCAAUCCAUAUGUGAACCUUGACAAGGUCCUGCGGAACGGAAACUACACGUUUCCUCCGAUCAUGAACUUUCCUCCUAUGGUACUGCAGAUUAACACCUCAGACCCUCAGCGCAAGAUGCGCGAGGACGACCGACAGUGGCGAUCCAGUUAUGGGACGGUCUACCCUGACGAUCGACACAUCGUUAUCUCAUCUGAGACGUCGACGAUCGUGCAAUUCCGAAACUUGGAUUAUGCGAUGGAGCGCUGCAUUCUCACGGCGUUGUUGCCUCGCCACACAGAACCAUUCGACCCGCAGGUGUCUCUGCGCGAUCCCAGUACAGUCGAUGUCUGGGAGCUGGACACCACCACUGAAAUCGCGCGAUACAUUCCUGACACUUGGCACCGUGCGGCGAAACGACGCCAGCUCUUCACAACCCUGGAGUUCUCGCAUGCGGGCCCGAGCAACUCGAGUGAGUUCCACUGUCCAUCGAACGAGUUCACAACGCUGGAGUUUGCGUGCUCGCCGACGAAGCCAGAUUGUAGCGUGGACUUUUGGCAGGACCAAAGGGCUGUGCCCAGAGGCGGAAUCUAUAUUGUACAGUAUCAGUCGCCGAUCCCGCCCAUGGAGGCUUGAAUGAAGGGACGAUAAUUUGGUGCCAUCCUGGGCUACCUGUCACCGUAGCUGCACAAAGCCAAAUUACAGGUUGUCAGCGAUAGGACUAUCCGCUCAUGGUCGAAUUUGUCUACCAUGAAGUCCUCUUUGUAUAUGAGUUGUGAUAUCUUGAUACGUACUACGCGGUGGCGGUCUUGCCCUGAGAUCGCUUUGCCCGUUACCCCUGGAGCACCCGACCACUAUGGCUAUCAAACGUUGC